AAAUGAUUAUUGUGAAAAUUGGUUCGAAGAUAAUGAUUAGACGGAACAUUGAUGUUACGUUAGGCCUCGUCAACGGCACUAUUGGUACAAUAACGGCAAUAUCCCGAGCUGCUGAUACCGGCGACGUAGAAACAGUGCAAAUUGUCUUAGCUACAGGCGUCGUACAUAUUUUGGAGCGCGUUGAUGUGAAAUUUGAGGUAAUGGGAGGCGCCUUUGUUAUCCGAAGACAAUUUCCUAUUUGCCUCAGUUACGGUAUUACAAUUCAUAAAAGUCAGGGCCUGAGUCUAAAGAAUGCCGUAAUCGAUGCAGGUAAUUCCGUAUUUGCUUGUGGACAAGUGUACGUUGCUCUUUCACGAGUAACUUCAUUAGAAGGUCUGCAUUUGAUCAAUUACGAUCCAUACUCUGUGUUAGCGAAUGGGGUAGCCAUUUUAGAAUAAAAUAGAUUGAGAAAAGAGUAUCGUCCAGAUCUCAUACCGAUGCCUCUUACGUCAGUAAGAGCACAGAAAGUAGCUGACUGCAGAUGGUCGAUUGCAAAAGAUGUUGUCACAUGUCAGGUACCAGCUGAAGAAAAAACUGCAGCUAAAUUGUGGCAAAUAAAAGGCUUACGAAACGUCGAUCACGUUUCUUGCUACGCUAACGCAACGAUUCAGUGUAUAUUUCACUGUAGAACAUUCAGGGACCAUUUAUCACGUCAAAACCAAACAGACGAUAUUUUUUAAAUGUUGAUCGAUUGUUAUGCUAGAUCAGAAGCCCCGGUAAAUGUAUUUCCUGUCAGGGCACUUGCGGGUGAACACUUUACUGCAAAUGAGCAACAAGAUGCUUCAGAAUUUUUAGCAGGUUUAAUUUCUCACUGCGAUAAUCUCAGCAUAAUAGUUGAGCACCAGCUCACGAUAAAACUGCACUGCAAAGAUUGCGGUUACACUAAUACCUCAAUCGAACGGAGUAACAUACUGUUACUGGCGCUGCCCAAAUCUUGCAAAAAACCACCGAGCUUAUCUGACCUAAUCAAUGAUAAUCUUUCGCACUGGAAAACGGUCGAAGGAUCGUGCGGUACUUGUAAAUCGAAAGAAAUGAGCGUAAAAACUGACAUAUCAUCAGCAAACAGGUGUUUAAUUAUUCAGCUAAUGCUAUUUUCAGUAGAGAAUGGAAAAGUCACGAAAAUGAAUGGUUACGGUAGAAAAGCAGUACCUACAGAGAAAAUCAUGAUCUGCACUAAAGUUUACAAGGUUAAUAGUGCGAUAUUCCACCAUGGCCGCAACAUAACCGAAGGGCAUUAUACAAGCAUGCUUCGAGAAGGGACGUCUGCCUGGGUGAACGCUAAUGACGCGAACAUCAGAAAACAACCCUGGCCAAGAAAUGCUAAGGACGCAUACAUAUUCUUCUUGCGGCAAAUCUAAAGGCAGUGCCAGAAAUAUUGUAAGAAUAUGAAGAUAACUACAACAAGCGAACUAAACAGACGCAAUGCAAUCGCGUUUAUAAGCCCUGCAUGUCAGUAACUCCGCCAUUGGCGGUCCCAAGCCCGGAUGAGAAAGGAGGAGGGCUGCAUGCAGGGUUUAUAGUUACAAAAAUAUAUCCGGCGGAACUAAGUGCAAUACUUGAAAUGAAUCAGAUAUUCUUAUUAUAUUCCUUACAGACACGCAGGGCGCCCUAGAUCGACCUAGGAAAUAAAAGUUUUAACAACAUUGAUAAUGGACCGCCUCUUACAACUUUCAGCUUCGAACUAAAGAUACAUUAGGGCAAAAUAAUAAUCGGAGAACACUGCGCUUCGUGCCAUAUACAGAGAGGACUCGUGGAUGCGGGCCAGCGAAGCUCACGCACGUAAAAUUUUAGUGGUGGACUGAGAAAUGUCAAUCCAAAGUACAACUCGGCCUUCAUUUGUCGCGGUAGCACCACUGCGUCAACAUUCCGAUAUUAUCGCAGCAGUUGGAUUUUAGAAAAAUUCGGAAUGCAGUGUUUACUAUCAGAUGCCGUACGGCUAAAAAUGAUAAGCAUUCGUGUUUGGAGAAUGCACUCCAAUAGGAAAGAAAAUAGAACAAGUUCGGCCGUAGAGACGAGAAAGAGAAGAAGGUGUGUAAAAAUAGCGGAUGCGUAUCUGCUGUUAUCAUGAAUGAUGUGUUAUCUAUUGGUGCAAUGACUGGUGCUUAUUGUUAUUUCGAGCGGUCACCGAUUGAGUCGACGGAAGAAAGUUUCAGCAAAGAUGAGUUUGGAGUAUCAUCUUCCUUGCAGUUACUACAAGAUCCUUUGGUUCAAAGAUCCUGCGUCCUACUCUAGAUCCUACUCCAACGCUACCAAUGAGUUUACAAGUCUCUCUCGAUCAAUACGUGAGACCUUUGGUUCAUCUGCUGCGAUUAGUGGUAUCUGUUAUCGAGCAAGAAGGAGUAUCGACGGGCAGAAAUACUAUAACUGCGUGCCAACCAUGUAACCAUCAACCAAAGGUGUACCAGAAGCUUGAACGUGAUCAGGCUGUUUUGUAACAAAUCUUCUGUCAUCAUUUAUUCAAUAAACUGCAGUUGAAGUGCUCA